AUGGACAACAUUCAUUUACGUAUGAAUAUGGCCGAGAUGGCUUUCCAGCAUGAUGAGAUCGUCGACGAAAUGGAAUUUGCUAUCAGAAGAUUUUCAGAAUGCUGCGAACAACUGGUUCCUCACGUGAUCAUGCUGAUGAACUCUCCCAUGGAGUCGAUUCGUAAUUCAGCGUUUGGAUUCGCCGUCGAAAUUAUCAGUCAGAAACCACAGGUAUUAACUUAGAC